GGUUUAGGCUGGAACAGCCUUAAAGGAGCCAUUUUCCAGGUGGGGCUUCAGACGUAGGCUCUGACUGGGAGGCCGGCCAAGCCCGCGCUGCAGGCCCGGCGGACUGGGUAGGUCCGGUCCCCCGACCUCAGCCAAGCCCACUCCUCCUGCCCCUGGAAGUAGGAGGGGGCUCGGAGCUCUGGAAAGCCCUGGAAAGAAAAGGAUGGCUGAUUUGGUUUUAUGUGAACCAACAGAGCUUUACAACAUCUUGAAUCAGGUUACAAAACUAUCCAGAUUGACUGAACCCAACUAUCUCUGUUUAUUGGACGUGCGAUCCAAAUGGGAGUACAAUGAAAGCCAUGUGAUUACAGCUCGUCGAGUGAAGAAGAUGGCAAAUGGAUAUCUUAUCCCGGAGUCUGUCGAUCUGGAGUGUGUGAAGUACUGUGUGGUGUAUGAUAACAACACCAUCUCCUUGGAGAUAAUCCAAAGAGAUGAUGAUGAUGAUGACAACACUGACAAUAGAAGGAAAGAACUGGUGCUUGGACCUGCCAUUGAGUGUGGCAGAGCCAUAGCCCACCUCACCCGCAACCCCAUCCAGAUCCUAAAAGGGGGCUACCAGCGCUUUUCAGCCAUGUACCACUUCUUCAGGACACAGAAGAUCAUCUGGAUGCCACAGGAGCUGGAUGAAUUUCAGCCAUACCCUGUUGAAAUAUUGCCAGGCAGGAUCUACCUGGGCAAUUUCAGGCAAGCCUGCGACCCUAAAAUUCAGAAGGAUUUGAAAAUCAAAGCACAUGUCAAUGUCUCCAUGGAGACAGGACCAUUUUUUGUAGGCGAUGUUGACAGGCUUCUGCACAUCCAGAUAGAAGACACCCUGGAAGCCAACAUUUCCCCCUUUCUGCGCCACCUCUGUCACUUCAUUGAUAUCCACCUUGAACUUGGCUCUGUCAUCCUGGUAUUUUCCACCUUGGGCAUCAGUCGCUGCUGUGCAGCCAUGUUGGCCUACCUCAUGCACCGGAAUGAGCAGACCUUGAAGAGGUCUUGGGCCUUCGUCAAGAAGUGCAAAAACAACAUGCGUCCAAAUCGGGCCUUGGUGGCUCAGCUGUCAGAUUGGGAGUCAAUUGUUCUCGGAGACUUUGCCACAGAUAUCACAGCUGUUCUCAGAGACUUUUCCACAGUUAUCUCGGAUCCACAUUACUGAUCUUUGUGGCCCAGCUAUGGGUCCUAAAGAACUUUGCUUGGGAGUUUCUUGUGGGUAGUGGGUCAGGAUGUGUAACCAGGUUGGUGUGAAAGAAAGCCUUUGCUACCUGGAACCUCGUUAGCUUCCUGCAUUGGCUCUUCCCAAGCUCCUCAUUCACACCACAUAGCAGGUGCACUCUGCUCAAACUCAGUGAGCACUCCCAUCCCUGGGUCAUCCUGGACCACCUCCACUACACUCCUGAGGCUGCCUCUGGAAGAGCAUCUAGCUGCCAGAGCAGCUGCCUCAUAUGCUCCCCAUGACUUGGACCCUUUGAAGGUUGCCUGGGGGGAGCUCCUGGGGUCUCCUCUGUCAGUGUUGGAUCAUAGGGUGUGUCACAAUGCCCACCCAUGGGCACAGAUUCCCCAGUCCUAGAGAUGCCAAGCCCAGGUUCCAGGCUCCACAGCUGAGAGGCUCCUGGCACAAGGGUACACCUUUGUCUCAUCCCCUGUCCCAGCAUGCCCCACCACUCCACCAUCACUUGUGCAAAUUUCCUUUCCUUCCUCCCACUCAUUUCUGCCUACCUGUGUUCACCAAGAAGAGAUUCCUAGCCCUCCCAUCUUCCAUACCCAGUCUUCUGUAAAUUCCUCAGGGCUUAAAGGGAGUUUUCUUCAAAAUGCACAGUUGAGCCCUGGCAGCGCUCACAGAACAAGCCUGGAGUCAGGAGAGGGCACAGACAAGACUGAUAAGGAAUUUGGGAUUUUCAUCAAUUGUUCAUUCAGCAAAUAUUCCUUGCCACUUGGGCGGGCAGGGGACAUAGAGAUGAACGCCAUCUCAUCUCUGCAGAAGGUUGGAGGUCCCGCCUACCCCUAGCAAGCCUAAGCCCUCAAGGAGUGGGGGAAGGACUUCUCCGGGUCACGCAGGUUUUAGGAUCUUAGCUGGAACACAUCCUGGGAUGGCUGCCAAGCGAUGGCUCUGUCGUUAGGGACCACCUGGUAGGCAGGGCAGAGCCUUUGAAAAAUUUUCAGCAGGGACAUGGUGGCCUUGUGUUUUAGGAAGAGUAGCUGUGUGAAUGGACAGUAGCCGAGAGCCUGGAGGCAG